AUGGAAAACGGAGCUCAAGGCGGGCCACCGUCGCCCAAGAAAUAUUUCGCGAUGACGAGGAAACCAUACUUCAUGGCCACAAUUAUGAGUGGGCUUAUCCUCAAUAUUCUCUUUUUAGCCAACAUGUCAUACAUUUUCGGAUCGAUAUUCCAGAGUGUGCAGAGAACCCAUGCUCUCAAUGUUCUUCUGGUUGAUUAUGACGGUGGAAUUGUCGGCCAAAGCCUGCGAACCGCGUACUCCAGUCUCAAGUCCAACUCAUUCGUCACCAUCGACGAGCAAUCCGCCAGCGACUUCCAUGACACAACGGCGAUCGACAAUGCUGUAUGCAGGGGAGAAUACUGGGCAGCUAUUUACGUGGCACCAAAUGCUUCUUCAAACCUGGCUCAGGCGUUGGAGGGCGGGUCGGCAGCUGAGAGCUACAACGCUUCCACAGCCUUGGGCGCAGUAUGGUAA